GAUCAAAAAAAACGAUGAACAACAUGGAGGCAAGUUGUAUAUGCACUGUAGUUGGUCACCUGAAAGUAAAGAAGCUGAUGUAUACGACGAAGAAAUGUUCACUGUGUGAAAAGAAAGUUUUUUUUAAUGCCCUGAGAAUGGUUAAGUGCAUCGCGUGCAAUCGUGUGAUGCACAAAAAGUGUUUUACGAAGGCUAAAAAUCGGUUAGUACGCGCACCGUCCGGUGGUAUAGUGGUCAAUCAACCACUCAAUAAAAACACCACUACCUUGGCCACUCUGGACCAAAGUGGCCAAACAAUCGUUGUCGCUCCAACUCAUAAGGUAGGCAACCGCGGACAAGAUCCAGUGUUGAUAACUAAACUGUCGUGGCUGUGGAAUACGAACAAUUCGGCGGUGUUCAGGAUGAAAGUUGAAUUAAAACUCCCGGGAAAGUAUUACGUGGAGUAUUACAAACUAGACAUCAGAAAAGAACUGUGGAACGAUAUGUUGAUGGAUAUGAUGCCAAUAGAAGAAACAUAUGGACUAAGGCGUGGCAACGGUGAUCGGAUCGGAAAAGGGAAGAGGUUUAUGAAACAAAGCUUAUAAUAGUUACUUUACCUAAUUUUAUUAAUAUUACUUAUGUUCGUAUUACAUAUGUUCGCCUCCGACGCCGGCAUAUCGUCGAUCUAUCGUGACGUGUGUGCUGUUUUACUUUGUUUCGUUCACGCUGGUGCGCCUUUGUUGAUUCACGCCGUUUUUCUACCUUCCGCGUGAUUUUGCGAUGUCGUUGUGCGCUUUAUCUCGUGCGUGUCGUACUCUGGCCGCCAUACAUUUUUGCGAAGUUUUAAUAUCACCAUCGUGUGUUGUACCGCCGGGCGUGUUUUGCACCAUCGUCACGGCGUCGCUGUUCGUACGAUAUAUCGUUGUUCGUGGAGUGCCUGCCCGCUCUCGGCAGCAGGAAGCUGGCUGCACUGUCUUCGAUGGGAUUGAGUACACUACCGUGAUUGGCUGUAUUACAUUUUAUAUCUUGUAUUUAUGUUUAUAUUAUUAUCAUAUUUUCUGUAUUAUUAUUAUUAUA